AUGGAAGAAGAAGUUGCUGCCCUUGUUGUUGAUAACGGUUCCGGUAUGAUCAAAGCCGGUUUCGCCGGUGAUGAUGCUCCCCGCGCCGUUUUCCCCUCGAUCGUAGGUCGCCCCCAUCGCCAGGGUAAGAAUGACUCCUUUGUCGGUGAUGAGGCUCAGUCCAAGCGUGGUAUCCUCUCCUUGACCUACCCCAUCGAGAACGGUAUUGUCACCAAUUGGGACGCCAUGGAGAAGAUCUGGCAUCACACCUUAUACAACGAGCUCCGCGUUGCCCCCGAGGAGCACCCCAUCCUCAUGACCGAGUGUCCCCUCAACAUCAAGGAGAAACGCGAAAAGACGACCCAGAUCAUGUUCGAGACCUUCAACUCCCCCGCCUUCUACCUCUCCAUCCAUGGCGUCCUCUCCCUCUACGCUUCCGGCCGUACCACCGGUAUGACCGUCGACUGUGGUUAUGGUGUCGGUCACGCCAUGCCCAUCUACGAGGGUUUCGCUCUCCCCCACGCCAUUCUCCACCUCAAUUCCGCUGGUCGUGACUUGACCGACAACCUCAUGAAAAUCCUCAUAGAGAGUGGUUACCCCUUCACCUCUGCCGAGCUCAAAAUCGUUAAUGACAUCAAGGAGAAGCUCUGCUACGUCGCCCUCGACUUCGAGCAGGAGAUGCAGACCGCUGCCAGGUCCUCUGCCCUCGAGAAGUCAUACGAGCUUCCCGACGGUCAGGUCAUCACCAUCGGUAACGAGCGUUUCUGUGCCCCCGAGGCCCUCUUCCAGCCCUCGUUCUCGGGUUAUGAAGAUCUCGGCAUCCACGAGACUACCUUCAACUCAAUCAUGAUGACAGAUGAAGGUAUCCGUCGCGAUUUGUUCGGAAACAUUGUCAUGUCUGGCGGUACCACCAUGUUCCCCGGUAUUGCCGACCGCAUGCGGGAGGAGAUCGCCAGUAUGGUCCCCAGGUCGAUGAAGGUCAAGGUUAUUGAUCCCCCAGAGCGCAAGUACUCUGUCUGGAUCGGAGGAUCCAUCCUGGCUUCCCUCUCUACCUUCCAGAAUUUGUGGAUCUCCAAGCAGGAGUACGAAGAGUCUGGUGCCUCCAUCGUUCACCGCAAGUGCUUCUAA